AUGGGAACCUGCAGGAAGCUUACAACGGCGGACUGCGGCAAGCUCUGGCGGCCCUGCGGCGGCGCCGCGAAGCGGCUGGGCUGCUCUGGCGCCCAGCUGCAGUGCGGGGACAACGCGUUCUGCGCCUCCCCCGGGGAUACGCGCCUCGGGACGCCGCGCUGCCUGCCGCUGCCGCCGAAAUGCGGCCGGCUCGGCAACGCGUGCUGCCCCGCCAACAAGGACGGCAUCGUGCGGGAGCGGUCGUUUGUGGACAAGAAGACACCCGUGCCGUUUUGCAACGAUGGCGACAGCAUGUGCGUUUGGGCCUACGAGGACUUCACCAAAUACGGUACAUCACAGUUUCCACAAUCACCUGGUGUCGAGCCCUACAAAUGGGACGGCCUGUUCCAGCGCGGCUACGGGCGGUCGCGCUGCAUCGCGCUGCCCAAGAGCUGCGGUCAGCCGGGCGAGGUGUGCUGCGCCAGCAUGUUGGACCAGCGCAUCAGCGGCCUGGUGCACAACCGCCUGUUCCCCUACCAGCCCUGCAAUUACCGCGCGUCCGGCAAGAGCGGCAUGUUCUGCAGGGGCCAGUGGCAGGGGGGGCUGCUCAACAGCGACGUUGUGCUGGGCACCUGCAGUUUCAACACAGACGACUGCGGCAAGCCUGGCAAGGCAUGCUGCAUGAACGACAUUCCCGAGGUUGGGGGCGCUGUGGGCACCUGCACCAAGGGCUCCAAGCAGCAGGGACCUCACUACUGCAACAAGAAGUAUACCUGCGAGAAGUGCCCCUCCAAGCUGCAGACCAAGGAGCAGCGCGAAAACUGUUUCGCAGGCCAGGGCCGCGGGGGUUGA